AUAUAAAGUGGUGUAAUGAGUGUGCUCUUCCACUAUCAGUCUCUCUGCACACUCCUAGCAAGCGAUAAACUUGGCAGAACAGACAGGCUUGUUGGCUGGACAGCAGCUCAAGGAAAGAUGGAUGGAUGUCCUCUCACCGACAUUCCAGGGCCUUCCACCAGCCCAGCCCCAUCCGAUACAUCAUCAGGUGGACACAAGCCUCAUGACUCUGAAUUUAAGAGCCAUCGGUGGUCAGCAUGCACCCAAGAUCCCUCUCAAAGCAUGCCACUCUUGAAGAGGCCGGAAGCCCAGGUGGAUCCCAAGCUGGUGAUGGAAAUGGAAGCCACCAAAGAAAAGACCGACAAAACGCAAAGCGAGACAGCGGGAGGCUGGGACCAGAUAAGCAAAGCUCUGAGUUACGUCACUGGUGACAUGAAGGCCUUUGGAGACUGGCUGAAAGAUAAGCCUGUGUUGUUCCAGUUCACUGACUGGAUACUGCGUGGGGUGUCUCAGGUGAUGUUUGUCAGCAAUCCACUCAGUGGCCUGAUCAUGUUGGCUGGGUUUCUGGUCCAGAGCCCUUGGAUGACCCUCACAUGUUGCAUUGGUGUCAUUGUCUCAACUCUAACAGCACUUAUUCUAUGCCAAGAGAGGUCGGCUAUUGCGGCAGGACUCUAUGGCUACAACGGGGUCUUGGUCGGGAUGCUAAUGGCUGUCUUCUCAGACAACGGCGAAUAUUAUUGGUGGCUUUUGCUUCCUGUGGCUCUUGUGUCCAUGACAUGCCCACUUUUCACAAGCGCUUUGGCUUCUGUCUUCAGCAAAUGGGACCUGCCAGUGUUCACUUUGCCUUUCAACUUGGCUCUGAGCCUCUUCAUAGCUGCCGCUGGACACUACAACCUCUACUUCCCCACACAGCUUAUCCAGCCCAUAAACUCAGUACCCAACAUCACUUGGUCAGAGGUCCAGGUUUCUUUGCUUUUGCAGUCUGUCCCAGUAGGAGUUGGACAAGUUUAUGGUUGCGACAACCCUUGGACUGGAGGCGUUAUCAUGGUGGCACUGUUCGUUUCCUCCCCUCUAAUCUUCACCCAUGCAGUGAUCGGCUCAGCAUUGGGGGUGCCUGCAGCCCUGAGUCUGGCCUCUCCUUUUAGUAGAAUUUAUGCCGGUUUGUGGAAUUACAACAGCUGCCUUUCAUGCAUCGCCAUCGGAGGGAUGUUCUAUGCCCUCACCUGGCAGACAUUUUUAUUGGCAAUUGCCUGUGGUCUCUUUACAGCAUAUGCAGGAGAAACCCUGGCGAAUAUGUUUUCCAUGUUUGGAAUGCCACUGGGGACCUGGCCUUUCUGUUUGUCUUCACUCACAUUCCUGCUUUUAACCACCACAAAUGAUGCCAUCUACAGAUUGCCGCUCUCCAAAGUCACCUACCCAGAAGCCAACCGGGCCUAUUACUUGACACGAAAGGAACAAUGUCCCAAAUCCACCUGCGAUGUGUAAGAGACUGGAUCCCAGACAUUGAUUUCCUCAUUGCUGCUAGAAAACCAGUGACUGUAUUUCCCAAGCUGGAAAAGAAGCAGCACAGAAUCGAAUCAAGCCAGGCAGUUUCAAGUAUUCUUUGCGGGGAGCUCAUUUAAAGCUGUAAAUAGUAUUUUCACUAGAGUCUGAAAGGCUUGAAACUUAGUGCAUACUUCAGUCAGAAGUGAAGAGACUGUACAAUUCACUUGGAAAGAUGUGUGGCAUUUUUAGAGCAAAUGGGGGCUUAGGUGGUCAACUGGAGGCAUAUUGGCAGGAUCUGGUCCCUGAAGUGACUCAGUCUUGGACACUGAUUUUAAAUCACACAGUGGUUUAAAAAAUGCCUACAGCAUUUCAGCCUGCUUUCUUAUUGCAAUACCAAGAGGUUUUUUUAAAAAAAUAUGGAAAGACUUGGAAUCAGAAAGAGGAACAUCAAGGAUAUUCUUGCAUGUGGCUUGUAACAGCAACUUGAAGCUCCGCAGCCACAAAUGGAAGCACUUAUUAUUACAUGAUGUCAUUAUGAAGUCCCUCCAAACCAAUCUUCAACUCAUGACAAAGGAAUAUUUUUCAAAAAAAUGAAGAAAUAACAUUUUUAGGCAACCAAAAGAUCUUUGAAUCUUUAAUACAGUGUUUUCAGGUGGUGCAAUAAUCCAAAAGCGCUUCUGCAGUGACUUUGAGUCCAGUGAUGUGCAAUUGUGGAUGCAUCGGGGACAUCACUUUGAUUUAUUUUACUUCUCCAUGUCUAAAGUGCUAGUCAUUGAAGUGAGCAUGCCAACUAAACCUCUGGCUCCAAAGCCAUAACUUCCUUCUUCACAUUGUACAUUGACUUUUAAAAAAAAACAUGCACAGAAGUGUACAUUUUCACUGCUAAUUCCAGGCACUGGUAGGGAUUUUCCUCCUUCAUUGAGCCUAUCAAUAUUGUUUGUUUGUUUGCCUUCCUUUGUUCUGUUGCAAAUGUUCCAGGAGAUUGCAAGCUUGCUCAUGCAAACUUAUUUUAGCUUGGGCAGGUUUGGCAACAAAAAGAAGAUUUACAGAAUGUACCAAACAGAGAAAUGUAUCUUUCCUUUUUAAAAAAAAUAAUAUUUAAAGUGUUUAAAGGGACAGAACUUGGGAAUUUGCAGAAGCAAUUGAACUCAUGGAGUAGCAGAAUUAUUCUAGGGGAUGAUUUAAAAGAGGGCAUGGACAAAGAGGAGCCCAUAGAUUGGGAGGAAACAAGUCCCAGCAACUGCGAUAAAAAACAAGGACCAUUGGACAAUAUUAUUCACUAGCUAUGGGCAUGGUUGAUCCAAGCAGACUGAAAAGGUAUAUUUCAGUUCAGGGAAGUUUAGUUAGAGGCAUAGCUGAACACAGCUUGCUGUUUCACAUACCCCCACCCACCCAGCCAUCCAGACAAAUCUUCAGUCUGUAUUACUGUCUACAUAAUUAUUUUCAACAUAAUCUGUACAUAAUUCAAUUUAUUAAUGACAGAAUGUUAGCAGGUUAGAUGCUCACCUAGAAUCAUGCUCAACUGUUCACUUAAGAGCAAAUCUCUGUAUGUCAUUUGCUGGAAAAAUUAAGAGGGAAACUGAAGUUGCAUUGAUUUUCUGCGGUCAAUCACCCUAUGAACUGUUGGUUGGCCACUUUGCAAACAGAAUGUCUGCCUGGACAGGCCUUUGGUGUGACACACAAUUUUUCUCCUAUUCUUACAAUGUUGCAUUGUAUACUGCAAAAUACAAUGCCCGGAAAUACUGCAAAAUAAAAUGCCCAGGAAGGAUCCUAAGGUCCGCGUAUACCAGGGCUUCUUAAACUUUUUCCACCCAGGAAAUUUUUACACAAUCCUGGGUAUACAGGUAUAUAUAAAAUAGGUAUACAAAUCAACCAUUUACUGAUAAUAAAAUUAUUUUAAAACAAUUCUUUGGUAUACAUAUGAUAUUUACCAUGUAUUAAAGAUUAAAGCCAAUUUGCAUAUUAAAAAAAAUAUUGUUUGUUUGUUUGCCUUCCUUUGUUCUGUUGCAAAUGUUCCAGGAGAUUGCAAGCUUGCUCAUGCAAACUUAUUUUAGCUUGGGCAGGUUUGGCAACAAAAAGAAGACUUACAGAAUGUACCAAACAGAGAAAUGUAUCUUUCCUUUUUUAAAAAAUUAAUAUUUAAAGUGUUUAAAGGGACAGAACUUGGGAAUUUGCAGAAGCAAUUGAACUCAUGGAGUAGCAGAAUUAUUCUAGGGGAUGAUUUAAAAGAGGGCAUGGACAAAGAGGAGCCCAUAGAUUGGGAGGAAACAAGUCCCAGCAACUGCGAUAAUCUAAAGUUGCCUGCAGAUUUCUUCAAUUGUUUGCAGAAUGAAUUGGUAUAAUGAGAAGAGUGGCUAUCUUCGCUACUCCAGCUCAAAGCAAAAUGGUUUUACAAUGCCAGGACCCAUUUCUAGAGCUUCAUAUGAUGAGGUCUGAAGAUUCUAGGGCAGAAGUAUAACUUUAAAUAGAAGGAAAAUUUAAAGCGAUUUCCUGCUUCUUGGCAGGGGGUUGGACUGGAUGGCCCAUGAGGUCUCUUCCAACUCUACUAUUCUAUGAUUCUAUGAUUCUAUGAUUCUAUGAAAAGUGAGCAAGGGAAAGGUGAUUCGAUGUACCCGCAGUUAACACUCCCACCACACAACACCAGCAGAACCACAAUGACACAUCUUUAUGAACCACAUCGUGAAAUGAGUGUGGCAGAUCGUGAGGUUUUCAAAAGGAAUAGAGUCAGAAAAAUGUGGAAAUGAGGCCAACAAUAAGUGCUUGUAAUUAACAGGACAUCAUUUGGAAUUCACAAAAAGUGACACAUUUGUUCUAGCAUCCUAUUUUUAUGCACAUUACAUACGUGGUGGUAUGUUUCUUUUACUUUUCUGCAAUGGAUGUACCUUACAACUCCUACAUUCAUGGGGGAUAGUUUUCUAAGACUAACCACUGGAUACCUAAAAUCACAGAUAAUAAUGAACUCUAUAUUUUGAUUAUGUUUUUGUCCAGAAGCAUACCAUAAAAUUGCACUGGAGGACCAAGAAGGGCUCACCAACAUUUCCGUGGAGAAAUGUUAUUUGAAGCAUAUUGAAUCCCUGGAUAAAGGCAUCAUACUGCAUUCAAUUUCAUAGGUAAUACUGAGAUAGGAGACUGCUGAUGAUUGCAAAGUGUGGUAGGAUACAUUUCAGAGGAAGACAAUGGCCAAUCACUUCUGAGUAUUACGCUAUUAUAAAAUGCAUGGGGAUCCAUUCUGGUGUCUGCUACAAUAUAAUUUUGGGCCCCAUCAACACUGCCAUAUAAUGCAGUUUCAGAAUGCAGAUUUACUGCUUUGAACUGGAUUAUAUGGCAGUAUAGACUCAUAUAAUCCAAUUCAAUGAAGUUCAAUUUUGCAUUAUAUGAGUCUGACCAUUAUGGCAGUGGAGAUGGGGCCUUGAAGGCAAAUACAGACAUACACAAAGGUUUCAGACUAUUCAGUCAAGUCAUGAGUUAGGGUCAUGUUUGCCAAUAUGGACACCUUGGACAAAAAACAAGGAAGUUGACAAGAAAACCUUUGAGAAUGGUCAAAUUGUGUUUAUAUUUUAUUGUGUUGUAACAAUUAAUGUAACAUUAUGUCUUCAAUAAAAAGAGUGCCUUGAUAAACUGUGAGCUAAAUAAAGAAUAGAUGGAAUUCA